AUGGCUACAACUUCUGUCGAAUUAUUGUCCUCCCCUAAAUAUUCCAAUCCUUAUCCCUCUAAUGCGAGAUGUUAUUGGAAACUGCAGGCUGCGCCAAAUCAUGUUAUUCUCUUGGAUUUCAUGGAUAUUCAUUUGCAAGACAGUACUAAUUGUGAGAAAGAUGGCAUAACAAUCUAUAAUGGAGGAGGAUUGUCUGCACCACUACUAGGCGUAAUUUGUGGUGUUAAUACCGAUAAUGUUAAACCAUCCAUGGUUUCUACAUCUAAUCAAAUGUUUAUUGCCUUUAAGUCAGAUGAUACUGAGCCAACUUAUAACGGGUUUAGUGCUUACUAUGUUGCAAGAAAAGUUGAAUAUUGUGAUAACGUUACCACAAUUAUUAGCGAAGAUACGGUACUAUCUACGCCAGGAUAUCCAGAUGGCUAUUCUGGUAAAAGCAAUUGUUAUAAUCAAUGGCUAGUUCAGGCUCCAAAAAUAGACGAUACUAUCAAGAUUUCUAUGGCUGACAUUGUAUUGCCACCUAACAUUCCAUGUGUAAAUUGUUAUAUGAGAAUUUUUGAUGGUCCAGACAGUAAUUCCAAAAUCUUAGCAACAAUUUGCUCUGCAACUUUAGCAGACGAAUAUACUUCUUCAACCAAUGAAUUGUAUAUUGAAUUUUACACAGCUUUUCCUUGGACAGGCAAUAGUGGAAUUGCUGCUAAUAUUUCUAUUAUCGAAAUCCCCGAAGUUCAGCAUCCUAAUGGUAAUCAUAGCAAUCAUCAUCCAGACGAUCAUAUUCCAAAUGGAUCUGGCUAUAAUCCAGCUGGAGCAAUUGCAGUUUUCGUUAGUAUCGUUUUAAUGACAGUCAUCGUAUACGUAACAAAUAAAUAUAAAAUAAGAUGCUCUAGAAAUAGGAGACGAAGAGGAUCUGAUCAUUUUGCAUUAGUGAACGAAAUGGAUACAUAA